GCUUUCCAAGAGCAAAGACCGAGAAGUGAUCCCGAUCGGCUCAGCGCUUCAGCACCACAACACAACUGGAUGCCGCAUAAGAGUAAGACGCAGCAAGCGAGUCAGAGAUUUUGACCUCCCCGGAUUUUGACUUCCUUACACCGGCUGUUUUUCCCCAGUUCCGGCUUGGUGCAUGGUGUUUGCAUGGAGGUGUCAGUGGGUGACUGUCCCGCAUGGAGACGCUCCGAUUAGGAUAAGAAGAAUCAGCAGCGGAGGAACCUGCACCGGAGGCUCUAUCGGGAGGCGUCCGCUGUUUUGACCCCCCUUGCAUGGAGGACACACCAUGGCGACGUUUGUGUGCAGGGUGCAGUUCUUAGAUGAUACUGAUCCAUUCAAUAGCACCAACUUCCCGGAGCCCAGCAGACCUCCAGUGUACACAUUCAGGGAAGAUAUUCCACUCAUCAAUCAGAUAGCUGGAGUGCACAGGCUGCUUAGAGCCCCACAUAAGCCUGAUGACUGUGCACUCCAGUUGUCUCAUAAUGGAAGCUAUCUGGACUUGGAGUCGACGCUGGCAGAACAAAAAGACGAGCUGGAGGGAUUUCAAGAGGAAGGAGGAAGAGGCAGAAAACACAACCUUAUACUUCGGACGCAGCUGUCAGUCAGAGUUCACGCCUGCAUCGAAAAACUCUACAACUCCACUGGAAGAGAACUGAGGAGAGCCCUUUUUUCCCUCAAGCAAAUCUUUCAGGAUGACAAAGAUCUGGUGCAUGAGUUUGUGGUGGCCGAGGGACUGACUUGUCUGAUCAAAGUGGGUGCUGAAGCUGACCAGAACUACCAGAAUUACAUCCUCAGAGCUCUUGGACAGAUCAUGCUAUUUGUGGAUGGCAUGAAUGGCCUCAUUGCAAAUAAGGAAAUAGUCCAAUGGCUCUACACCCUUGUCGGGGCUAAGUUUCGUCUGGUGGUGAAGACAGCGCUGAAGCUCCUGCUGGUGUUUGUGGAGUAUGCAGAAUCAAACGCCGUUUUAUUCAUUAAUGCCGUGAAUGCUGUGGAUGCCAAAAGAGGCACAAAAGUAUGGGGCAACGUCAUGGAGAUCCUGAAUGAGAAAGACGGAGUAGAUACUGAAUUGCUGGUGUAUGCAAUGACGCUCAUCAACAAGACUCUGGCCAGUCUGCCCGAUCAAGACUCUUACUACGACGUGGUGGACUGUUUGGAGGAGCAGGGCAUCGAGGCUUUGGCACAGAGACACCUAAGCAGGAAGGGCUCUGACCUUGACCUUGUAGAGCAGUUGAACAUCUACGAGACGACUCUUCGCCGCGAGGACGGUGACGAUGAGACGCAGAUACCUCCGAGCGGCAGGAAGGAGCGCCGGCGGGCCAGCAUGGGCGGCGCCAGCGAGCGACGCGGCCUGGAGAGACGACGCAGCCGCAGGCAUUCUCUCCAAAACAAUAGAGGUCCCGCCUCGGCACCGGCGUCGCCAUGCAGCCCUUAUGCAAGCGGCAUCCUGCCCUUUGGAGGCCAGCGUGUUGAAGACAUCGCCGAAAGAGAUGAGGAGGAGGAGGAGGAUGAAGGAGAGGAGGAGGAGGAGGAGGAGGAGACAGAUGAUGAAUGUCAUCCAGUCACUGAGUCCUCUAGGCAGGACGAUCACAGGGUUACUUCCAAUGAAGCAGCACAGCCAGACAAGCAGCAAAGUCCAGAAGCACCCAGCAAUCGCUUCACUAGUACGGCAACCUGCACACCGGAGUCUAAAACUGAAAGACCUGCUUUAGGAAGCUUGCUGAGCUCCUCGUACAGGCAACAUCAGGAGUCUUUGGCUGCAGAGAGGGAGAGGAGGCGCAUGGAACGAGAGGAGCGUCUGCAGAGGAUCGAAAGGGAGGAGAGGGAGCGCUUCAAUCGAGACUAUGUUGAAAAAAGGGAAGAGGCGAGACAAGCCAGAGAGGAAAGGUACAAGGCCGUGGAGAGGCUAGCGGCCGAGGAGUACGAGCGAGAGCGUCCUCGGAUGCCCGUAAGAGGCCGUACGGAGAUCACGCUGUGUUUGAGUUCCAACCCCGCCGUCCGCUCGGCAUCUCGCUGUGUCACGACUUCAUCCAUCGCCUCACAGCAAGACAAAACACCCGAUGCUCAGCAGACGUUAGGAACUGAAUCCGUCCCGGCGUCAAAACAUGACUCCCCAACAAGAACAAAAAGUCCAGCAUUAACAGGAUCAGAACUUUGUCCUUCACCUCCCUCACAACCAAAUAUGGCUGCAAAAGAGCCGCCAGCAGACACGAAGGAUGUGAAGGACACUCGACCAGUUCAGAAUGUGGUGGAAGAGCCAGAGGGGUGUGAAGAGGGAGGAGUGGGAAAUGAAGAAGGCAAGCUUGAGGAGAUAGAGCAGGAGUGUGAGACCGGGAGAGAAGUCGACGAGCAGGUGGACGUGGCUGAUGAAGUGGAAGUAGCUGAGGAAGCACAGGCAGAUAGUAUUGACGUGGAAGUGGAUGUAGAAGAUGUUGAAUUAGAGGAAGAUUGCGAGAGAGUUCCGACCAUAGAGAGGGAUGUGGAGGAAAGUAUAGUGCUUAGCGAGAAGGAGAGGCAGAAUGAGGAAGUGAACGAGAAGGACAACUGCUCGGCAUCCAGCAUCUCAUCCACCAGCAGCACUCUGGAGAGGGAGGAACGUGAGGAGAAAGUCAAAAAUGACAUUGAAGCAGGCCAGUGGAGCCAGUGCAUUGAAGUCUCGGAAGAGAACGACAUCCUCAACAACAAGCGCUUCAUGCUGGACAUGCUCUACGCUCACACGUCCAACAAGAAAGAUGACAACGGAGGAGGAGAGGCCGAGAAAGAAACGGAAUGUAAAUGUGAAAAGGACCCAGAGGUGGCUGACCCCUCUGUGGCCAGCUUAGCCAGCCGGAUCUCCACACUGGAAGCUCACAGGCAGGCCAAUGAAGAAAAUGUGAAGAAAAUGGAGGUGGACAUUGUAGACAAGCAAAGCACUGUACGGGCUGUGGCUGGAAAAUUUGGUGAUUUGGUCAAAGGUCUGGCGUCUCUGACUGAAGCGGAAGCGUCAAAGGAGCCGCAGCACGCUCAGACUGACAACUCCGGCGGCAUCCCGGCGGCCCAGAAGAAGGAAUCGGACCAAAUUUGGGACCAGCUCAUGGCCGCACCCAGGGAACUGCGCAUCAAGGAAAUGGAUUUCACCGACCUGCGGGAUGAGGAUGACUUGGAUAUUUUAGUUAUGGAAAGUGUGAUGGGGUCUGGUGAUCACGUCCCGCCGCCGCCGCCGCCUCCUCCGCUGCGUAGUGCUGUUCUACCGCCACCCCCUCCCCUUUUUGGGUGCCCCCCGCCUCCUCCCAUCCUUGGCAAAAUGGUGCUCCCACCUCCCCCCUUCAUGCCGCCGCCAUCCCCUCAGGUGAAUCGGGGCGACCUUCCUCUGUUCCUCAAGAAAAAGAAGACAAUUCGACUCUUCUGGAAAGAGGUGCGCCCCAUGGAGUGGCAGUGCAAGAGCCAUAAGUUCUGUAAGGAAUCCCUUUGGUCCAAAUUAGAGCCACUUAAACUGGACACAUCCAAGCUGGAGCAGCUCUUUGAGUCCAAAUCCAAGGAGCUGCCUAUUACCAAGAAAGCAGCAGUUGAUGGCAAACGUCAAGAAAUCAUCGUCCUGGACUCCAAACGCAGCAACGCCAUAAACAUCGGUUUGACCGUCUUACCGCCUCCUCGCACCAUCAAGACGGCCAUCCUCAACUUUGAUGAGUAUGCGCUGAACAAAGAAGGCAUCGAGAAAAUCCUGACCAUGAUCCCCACGGAGGAAGAGAAGCAGAAGAUCCAAGAGGCUCAGCUGCUCAAUCCCGAAAUUCCCCUGGGCAGCGCUGAGCAGUUUCUCCUCAUCCUCUCCUCCAUCACCGAGCUGUCGGCCCGCCUGCAGCUGUGGGCCUUCAAGAUGGACUAUGAGCUUACGGAGAAGGAAGUUGCGGAGCCCCUGCAGGAUCUUAAAGAAGGAAUGGACCAAUUGGAGAAGAACACAACUCUCCGCUACAUUUUGACCACACUCUUAGCCAUCGGCAACUUCCUUAAUGGCACUAAUGCCAAAGGCUUUGAGCUGAGUUACCUCGAGAAAGUCCCCGAGGUGAAGGACACGGUUCAUAAGCAGUCCCUGCUGCACCACACCUGCGCCAUCGUGGUGGAGAAGUUUCCGGAUAGCUCCGAUCUCUACUCGGAGAUUGGGGCCAUCACCCGGUUGACCAAGGUGGACUUUGACCAACUUCAAGACAAUCUGACUCAGAUGGAGCGAAGGUGCAAAGCUUCAUGGGAUCACCUCAAGGUCAUUGCCAAACAUGAGAUGAAACCGGCGUUGAAGCAAAAAAUGUCCGACUUCCUCAAAGACUGCGCGGAGAGGAUUAUCAUUCUGAAAAUCGUACACCGGAGGAUCAUCAACAGGUUUCAUGCCUUCCUGUUGUUCCUUGGCCAUCCAAUAUACGGCGUACGUGAUGUCAGCAUUCAUCGCUUCAGUAAGAUCCUGAGUGAAUUUGCGCUGGAGUACCGCACAACCAGGGAGCGGGUGCUCCAGCAGAAGCAGAAGAGGGCCAACCAUCGUGAGAGGAACAAAACCAGAGGGAAAUUGAUAACAGAUAGCGGUAAAUUCGGCGGCGCCCAGCCCGACACGCCCGAGAGCCAGCCUCAUGGCAUCCAGUACGCCGAGGACGCCGCCGAGCACGAGAACAUGAAGGCCGUGCUGAAGGGCAACGUGCAGAGUGGAGACAGCGAGAUCUCCACGGUGCCGGGCCUUCGCACUCGCACGCGGGUCGGCAGCACCAGAGCUCAAGUGCCGCCGUGGUGCAUCGCCACCGACGACACCAUCAACUGCACAGAUGACACGGCCGACGAGAUCAUGGAGCGGAUCGUACGCUCGGCCACUCAGGGGCCGGGUCCGAGGACGCAACCCCGUGAGAGGCGGCGCUCCAGAGUCAAUCGCAAAUCACUGAGGAGGACACUGAAGAGCGGUUUGACAUCCGAGGAGGCCAACGUCCUGGGCUUGUCCGAUGGUCCUGACAUGCAGGUGUGAACAGGAUUGGAGGACGCACGUUCAACGCCUCGCUCCCGUGCCAACAUGGAUGACUCAUUUGCGCCUGCGUGAGAAGACCAGGCUGAGCGCCGCAUUGAGACCACUGAGCUUGGCUUCUGCACUCCUCCAGCGCUUGACGUCUUCAAACACCCUAAAGCACCUCUGUGUGUUUGUUCGAGUGAGAGAAAUCCAAAGAUGUCACCUGCGUGUGUACAAUUACUACUGUGCUACUAACGCCUGUGUAUUGCCUUGCGCUCCAGAAGGUGACCCACCGGCCAUCAAUUAAUGUGAAACACUUGACGAAAACAUGAACACAUUAGAACCCAAUUCAAUCAAGCAGGUUGAGGAACAAAAUAGGUAAGUUGCUCAGCAGCAUGUGGCGCGCAUGUUGUCCCAGCUGUAUAUUUCAGUGCCUUUCUUGAGACACUUAUUUAUUAAGGAGAGAUUUUCAGGGACAUCCUAAUCAAAUGAGGACCGAGCACGAGCCGCGGUGAUUUCUAAACGGUGUUCGGAUCGACUCAUAAUGAAGCUAGUGUAUUUAUUAUGACAACUCUCUCCCGUCGCCUUACAUGUCUGUUGACGUGAAAGUGAAAAGUAUGGAAAAACAAAAAGACAUCUCCCUUCGACUGGCAGCAUUGGAGACUCUGUUACAGGCACUCCUCUCUUUAAAAUGAAUGUGAAAAUCAUCACUUAAUGUUUCUUAACAUCUAGGUCAAAGUGAUGUGAAAAUGGAAGGUAUUUUUGAAUUAACUAAAGUAGGCCAGUUUAUCUAACCCGCUAUAAUCUUCGAAGCAUUUUUCCCUCCCAACAUUUACAAGUCCCGGUUUGCUAUUUAGAAUGGGAGCAUAGCCAUUGAAAGCAAACACCAGCAGUAGAUUUCCGUGAACUCUGUUCAGCACCUUAGAUUUCAAGUGUAGCAUCUACCUUCCUUCCUUAUGGCAAAAGGGUCUUUUUUUUUUUUUGAAAAAGAAAAAAAAAAAUCAAGCAUACACGUGUAAAGUUAAGAUAUAGGGCCAGUGAUGUAAAAUGUCUUUUUGCUCCAUUUGUAGAAUAGUGUAUUAUAGAGUAAAAGCAGUAUUAUAAAUGUAAUUUAAAAGUUUGAAAGAGUUCAUUCUGCAAGUUACGGUUUGAAAUGAACGCUGGUUCUGUGCUCUGGACACUUGACUGCUUUGAUAUCAUUGCACUAAACUGCUACACACACACACACACACACAAGCAAGGCUUCACAUGCAGCCAGGAACAAAAUGUCAAUAUUUACAAUUAAAAUGCUUGUGAAAAGUU